UCACAAUUAACCACCACGGGAAGAACAUCGUGACGGUGGGGCUCCAAGCUUUAAUUCAAAUAAACAUUUCGUUCAUCUCAAGUUGAAGGGCUGAUUAAUAAUAAUAAAAAAACUCGAAAAAUAGCUGCCAGCUAAACAAUCAGUUAAAAAGAAUUGGCGUUCAAAUUUAAAACAGGGUUAAUUUUCCCCAGCUCAUCCUUUUUCGUUAUUAAAAUUAACAAAAAAACCCUUGUCUUGCCUCGGGGGUUUCAUGAGUUCAUUGUUCCCGCGGGCUGUCGCAAGCGCACUUUCUUCCCCAGCCCAUUGUCUCGACAAUCCACGUGCGGUAUUUAGAAGCUAUCCCGCUUCUUUAUCCAGCUCCGCGUUUGCACCUCUAAGUCGGGAUACGCACCACAGAGCGAACUGCCAUACAUCAUCAUUACCUCUCAGCCGUCGUCGUCCAGCAGCGACUUUCUUAAGAGCUAUUUUAGAGACAACAAUAACGAAAGGAAAUCCGAGGACAAUGGCGUCAACAACAACAGCGGCGGCGGCGGCAGCGGCGGCAGCGGCAGCAGCAACGUCCACUAGCCUCAUUGAGGUCGCUAAGCGGGCUGCGUGCCGGCAGGCCGUAGCGGACCACUUCAGCCCGACGUUCAGGUACGUCGGCAUCGGGAGCGGCAGCACGGUGGCCUACGUGGUGGAGGCCAUCGCGGAGCUCGGCCCGUCCGUGACCGGGAAGAUCAAGUUCGUGCCCACGGGGUCGGGGUCGACGGCGCUGAUCCAGAACGCGGGGCUCUCCGUGCUGCAGGUGCCGGACCUGCUGCUGGAGGUCGGCUUCGAGCCGGGGUCCCCGGACCACCAGCCGAUCGACAUCUACUUCGACGGCGCGGACGAGGUCGACGCCGAGCUCAACUGCAUCAAGGGCGGCGGCGCCUGCCACUUCCAGGAGAAGCUUGUCUCCCGCCUGUCCAAGUCCUUCGUCUGCGUCGCCGACAGCCGCAAGAAGGUGCCCCGCCUCCUCACCAACUGGUCCUACGUCCCCGUCGAGGUCUCCCCCAUGGCCGGCGAGUACGUGCGCCGCGAGCUGCUGCGCCUCGGCAGCACCGACCCCAAGAUCCGCGUCUCCGGCCCCACCUUCAUGCGCACCAUAACCGACAACCACAACCACAUCAUCGACGCGCCGUUCCCCACGCUGCUGCUCAACAGCGAGGCCGACAAGCUGGACCCCGCCAAGGGCCUCUGGACGCCGGACGCGCUGCUCGCGCGCCUCAAGAAGAUCUACGGCGUCCUCGAAGUCGGCAUUUUCUCCGGGCUGAACGGCCCCCAGGUAGCACAGCUGGACACGGACGUAGAAGGGGUAAAGCCCGUAAAGGCAUACUUUGGCACGCCGGAUGGCCAGGUAGAAACAUUGGGAUAGACGGCAUGUCUGUGUAUUGCGAGGCCGGAUAUUCCGGAAAUGUCACGAAAUCUCGUCUAUAUCCUUGCUAUCACUUAUACGAACAUCAAAACUACAUGU